AUCUUGGAGAGCUGAAGACAGUGGCUAGUGCCAUUAGCUUGAGCAGCGAUAUAGACUUGGAGAAUAGUGACAUCAGCCUGGAGACUAUGGGAGACGAAGCCAACAAAAAGUCAAACGAGCGCUUUCUGAGAAAAAUUCCCAAAGGAAGUGAGGUGGCCAAUGUGAUGGUUGCUGAGAUUGAAGAACUGAGCAACACCGUAUGCGGUCUUCUACGCCUGAACGAAGCCAGGAUGCUUGGAGAUUUGUCAGAAGUUAAUCUCCCAACAAGGUUUGUUUUCAUUAUACUGGGACCUAAAGGCAGCCUAGAAGCCAACCAGGAGAGUGGGAGAUGCCUCUCCACCAUGCUGGUCGAUGACGUGUUUCGGGAGGUCGCUUACAAAGCUGGCACGCGGGAAGACAUGGUAGCGGGAAUUGACGAGUUCUUGGAGCAAGUGACAGUUCUCCCUCCUGGAGAAUGGGAUCCUAAGAUUAGAAUUGAGCCACCAGACAAAGUGCCUGAUCAGGAAUUCCGAAAACUUCCCGCCAAAGAUGGGACUGGAGCAGAUGACGAACAUGAAGGUCACUGCGACCCAGAUCUGGUUUUCAGUGGACGUCCUUUUGGCGGUUUGAUUAACGACAUCAAGAGGAAGAUCCCAUUCUACGUCAGCGACUUUACCGACGCCUUGCAUAUUCAGUGUCUGGCGUCAUUUGUGUACAUUUUCCUUGCCACCUUGACCCCGAACGUGACCUUUGGGGGAAUGCUGGGACAGGAAACGGAUCAGUACAUGGGUGUGAUGGAAUGCAUUCUGGCAGCAGCCGUAACAGGUGUUGGCUUUGCACUCUUCAGCGGUCAGCCUCUGAACAUCCUUGGCAGCACGGGACCUAUGUUGGUGCUUGAAAAAAUCAUUUACCAGUUCUGCAAAGACAACAGCUGGGACUUCCUCCCAUUUCGGUUCUGGAUAGGAAUUUGGACAACAGGAAUGUUGCUCUUCAUGGUAGCAUUCGAUCUCAGUGCGCUGGUUCGAUACAUCACCCGAUUCACAGAGGAGAGCUUUGCUUCCCUGAUUGCUCUGAUCUUCAUCUACGAAGCCUUCGCCAAACUGUUUGAAAUCGCGCAAAUCGAUGCUCCACUGCGCCUCCAUGCUUCAGCUGAGCCGGAGAUGCCUUAUUGUUACUGCAACUAUUCUGCCCCGGAGGGAUGGAACUUCACAUCAAGCCCACCUCCACUGGUCAACGUGUCGUUCAAGUCCUUGAACGAGUCCACGUGUUUUACCGAGGCCAGCAUUUUGAACGCAACCAUGGAAGGCAGUGUCAACUGGGUGUGCGAACCACCAUACUACGUCCCGGACGCUUUCUUGUUCUCGUUCAUCUUGUUUAUGGCAACAUUUUUUAUCGCCAUUUUCCUGGUAGACUUCAGGAGUUGGCCCUGUUUUCCUAGCUCUGUUCGUCAGUUACUUGGAGACUUCUCUGUGCUAAUUGCUAUUUUGUCAAUGGUCGGAGUUGAUGCAGCAUUAGGUCUUCGAACACCGAAGCUCAUUGUACCAGCAGAAUUCAAGCCGACCAAAUACUAUGCAAGAAGUUGGGUAGUCAACCCUGUGGACAGUUCCAACCCGUGGUGGCUGGCUUUGGCAGCUUGUCUUCCUGCAAUUCUGGCCACAAUUCUCAUCUUCAUGGAUCAGCAGAUCACAGCUGUUAUUGUCAAUCGGAGAGAAAACAAACUUAAGAAAGGUAAAGGCUACCAUCUAGAUCUGCUUGUGCUGGCAAUCCUUGUGGCCCUACACUCCCUUCUGGGUCUGCCUUGGUACGUAGCAGCCACUGUGUCUGCUAUCGCUCACAUUAACUCGUUAAAAAAACAGUCAGAAUGCACUGCUCCUGGAGAGAAACCAUCCUUCCUGGGAGUCAGAGAACAACGUGUGACAGCAUUGUUGGUUGCUAUACUGUCUGGUGCUGCAGUGUUCAUUACAAAUAUUCUGAAGGUAAUUCCAAUGCCAGUCCUGUAUGGAGUCUUCUUGUACAUGGGGUAUUCUGCUUUGAGAGGCAUGCAGUUUAUCGAUCGUGUUAUGCUUAUCUUCAUGCCAGUUAAGUAUCAACCGGACCACAUCUACUUGCGACAUGUUCCCUUAUGGCGGGUGCACAUAUUUACACUUAUCCAGGCUAUUUGCCUGAUUGCACUGUGGGUUGUGAAAAGUAUAAAGAGUGUCUCUAUUAUCUUUCCCUUGCUGGUACUAUUCACUGGAGUGGUGAGAAAAAUACUUGAAUGCAUGUAUACACAAAAUGAACUCAAGUAUCUAGAUGACCUCCUUCCAUCUUCUAAAAAAAGUACUAAACAUGACAAGAAGAAAUCGAUAGAGGACUCAGAAGACAAGAUUUCAACUGUUGGCUCUGACAGUCAUUAUGGCAAAUACAAUGGAACCAGUAAAGAUCUCAAUGAGAGCAACAUAGACAAGCCAUCCAUACUAACUCACAGUGGUAGCCCUGCCAAUGCCAACCAUUUUGCAACCGCUGGCAAAGCUUCAUUCUAUAUGAAUGAUGAGCACCGUGACAGCAGUGAAAUGCCUCCAGCUUAUGACAACAAAGGCUUUGAUACAAAAUUAUGA